AUGGCUGGACUAAAUGUUGUUGCGCUCAUAUCGGGCGGCAAGGACUCGCUCUUUUCUAUUCUGCACUGCAUCGCGAACGGGCACAAUGUGGUGGCUCUUGCUAACUUGCAUCCUCCGCCGUCCCAGAACGCACGAGAUGCUGAAGACCUGGACAGCUUUAUGUAUCAGACGAUAGGGCACCAGAUAAUGCCGCUCUAUGAGCAGGCCCUCGGGCUACCAUUGUACCGCCAGGAAAUUGUGGGCUCGGCCGUGGUCCGGGAAAGGUCAUACCAACCCGUUUCCGACCUACAGGGUCUAGAGUCGGACGAGACGGAGUCUCUUGUACCACUGCUACUCAAGGUGAAGGCCGCACACCCUGAGCUAAAUGCGGUAAGCACGGGCGCAAUACUCUCAGACUACCAGCGUACGCGGGUGGAGUCUGUCGCCUUGCGACUUGGCCUGGUACCGCUGUCUUAUCUAUGGCAGUAUCCGUUGCUAUCUGGCAAUACGUCACGCUCUUUGUUACAGGACAUGGCAGCUGUCGGACAAGAUUCACGCAUUAUCAAGGUAGCUUCAGGGGGGCUGAACGAAAGCUUUCUAUGGCUGAACGUUGCAGACGCGAACACUAUUCGCAUGCUCACAACAGCCGCCCAAAGGUUUGGCACCACGGGAGACGGUGCAGUGCUGGGUGAGGGUGGCGAAUACGAAACGCUAGCUGUUAAUGGCCCGACACCUUUAUGGAAGGCGUCCAUCUCUGUGCCUGACGAAGCAAGGACGGUCGUCGACAAUCUAUAUGAAUGCCGUACUGGGCAAGGCGGCGAUGCCGCGGCUCAGACACGCUCAAUAAUGGAUGCCAUGACUGCCGAGCUGGAAAUGCAGAAACCGCGGUUAGGAAUGCACUCUAUCGCAUACACUUCGAUCAUCUUGCGUAACAUGGCAGAUUUUGCAGAUGUCAACAGAGUCUAUGGAAGCUAUUUCAGCAAACCAAAUCCUCCGGCACGGGUCACACUAGCCUGUGCAGAUGUUCUUGCCCAUGGCUGCCAUCUGAUGAUAGGAUUCACAUGUCAGAAAGAUGCAACGCAAAUUACGCCCAUUGUACGGAAAGGCCUGCACGUCCAGUCACGCUCUUAUUGGGCGCCGGCGAAUAUUGGGCCGUACUCCCAAGCGAUCUCCAUACCAGUAGUGGGCAAUGCGAGGUUGGACUCUGCCAACGUUGUGUAUGUGGCAGGUCAGAUCCCAUUAGUGCCGGCGAACAUGGAGCUGUACCACGGGUUCCCAUCGGCAGACAUUGUCAGCUUCGCGCACCAAACAGUAUUGGCUUUGCAACACAUGAGACGAAUCGCCGAGGUGACGAGGAUGGAGCAUUGGAUCGCUGCGAUUGCAUUCAUCGUUGUUCCGCCUAGCGAAACAGCCCCAGGUUUUGCCGCAGUGGCGUCAACCGCAUGGGAAAGCUUCCAUGCUGCUGCCUCUGAAGUACAUUCGCCGGAACAAGAGGACGAUGACGAGGAUUUCGAUGUAUGGCAUUUGCAACAGAAAGCCUGGUACGGCAAGCCGAUUUCGAAAGCAUCUCAGCGCCCAAAAGCCAGCACAUUGACACCGCCGCUCUGGGUCAUCGAAGUGGAUGCUUUGCCUCGGGGAGCAAGUAUCGAGUGGGUCGGUUACGGAGCCACGGCGCCAGGAUUGGCAGCCGAGCACUUGAUGCACCUGCAGUACCUGCUCCGUACUUUCAAAGAACACAUCAUUCAAAGGCCAGAUCGUGUCCAACAACCGUGCACCGUUGACCGCCGAGCCACUGCCGGCGCCCAGAGUGGAUACUGA